CUUGCAAUUGCCAUUAACAACAAGCUCUGGAAGAUGGAUGUAGAUGGACUUGCCUAUAUGGACCCACAAAACAGAGACUUGCCAGCUUCUAAACAGAGCAAAGGUUGUUCCUUUAAUCUCUGCUGCAAGAUUGUGCUUGGCAUUUCGGUGGCGGGAAAUGUAGGUCUGGCUGUGCUUUUGAUUCUUCUCGUGCGUGGAGAUUUCCAGGUUCAUGCUUUUUCAAAACCUGCACCUUACCAGAUCCGGAGUUGCAUGCUCAACUGUAUUCCUUGUCGAUCUGCUACAAACAGCAUAACAGCAAACCUGACUCUGGAUCCAUCCACAGCUCACCCCCAGCUCUACGUAUCUCCAGAUUUGAAAAGCGUAAGAUGGAAAGGCAUGAAACAGCAAGUGAACGGCAGUCCUCUGAGAUACGAACUUUUGGCCAGUGUCCUAAGCCACGAGAGCUUUAGCUCUGGGAAGCUUUGCUGGGAGGUAGAGGUGGUCAGAGAAGGAAACUGGUGGGGGGUGGGGAUUGUUAGGGAGUCUGCAAACCGAAAUGGGCCCAUUGCCCUUCAUCCAAGUGGAGGUUACUGGGGAGUGCAGCGAAUUGAAGGCCAGCACCAAGCCAUCACUCAUCCCAGGACAAAUUUGUCACUGAGUCGUUCGCCGAGAAGGAUCCGAGUUUCUCUGGACUAUUCAGAAGGCCUCAUAGCAUUCUUUGAUGGUGACACGAAUGCUGAACUCUUCACUUUUCCUAAAGCAAAUUUUGCUAGAGAGAAGAUUCACGCUUGGUUCUUGAUCCAUAAGUGGAAUGGACAGCUUCUGCUCCAUCCAUGAGAUAGUGGAGCAAAGGGGUCAUCACACUGAAGACCUUCAGACUAUCUGCCUUCAGCUCUCCUCCACUCCUUGUGUUUUCCAUGCACACCAUUGUCAUGAGUGUCUUUGACUUCCUUUGACUUUCCUUUCCCCUUUUGAUUUAGAAGACAACUGCAUUAUCUUCUAAAUCAAAGGUCUCCUUCUAUCUCACCUUCCUCAUGUCUCCCAAUGCCACCCCUAGCAAGCUAACCAGAGUCAACUAUUUAAGGGAUGAAAAAGCUCCCAGAUUUUUUCAGACAUUCAAGUAACAAAAAACAACAUAUCCACAGAGAUUAAAACACAGGGGGAAAUGGAUAUUUUUAAAAGAAAGGGGAUGUUUUAAGAGAGGACCCCACCAAUGUUCUACCAGGAAUCAGAUCGCUAUGGAAGCAUCUUAGAUAACUUUUAAGUCUUCACACAAUGCUCGCUUCACUUUCUGAGGAACAUCUACUGCAUGUUCUUUCUAAUUUCUGAAUGUAGGGGCUCGGCAAGGCAUUUGCUGAAUUCCUCUUUUCAGUGCUUUUUAAUAUUACCCCUUGGCCAAAAAAGAAGAAAUAAUUGAGCCCACUGCCCAAUUAUCUAACAUUCAGAACCUCAAAGGAAAAGGGGUAAAAUUGUGCCUCAUUUUAGCAAGUUGUGGAAAGCUGACCAUGUGUUUUUAGCAAUAAAUUAUGAUUAUAAAACUC